AGUCUGCCACUGGACGGCGAGCAGCGUGCACGUGCCGCCGAGACCGACAGCUCGACCAGCGCCGCGACCCAGCCGAUCGCGCAACACCGGUACCGGGCGCGGCCGGUCGGAGCUGCUGACAGACGGGGUCAGCGCGACAUCGUACCCGGCGAGCGCCCCGCACCGUGACUGGACGCGGCUGCGAGCACAGAGUUGCUUACCCGGGCGGGUGUUGAUUUUCAUAAACCCUCCACCGGGCCGCCACCUCACGGUCCGACGUCCGUCGUUCGUUCAGCCGCCGCAUCAGUCACCCCGUCAGCCAACGGAUAAGCAUGGCGUCAGUGCGAGCGGCUUCCGUACUAUGGGCCGUAUUGUUGGCGUGGACGGCCGCCGUGACCGGCGCGGCGGCGGACGGCGGUCGGCAGGGCGGCUCCUCCCUGAACCGCCUGGGCCGACUGCCGUCGGUAGCGUCCAUUCCGCUGGCGCGCACCAGCGACCAGCUGCCGCUGUUCCCGCCACUGGGCACACCGCCGCCGGCCGCCUUCACCGAACAGCGCACCGAACUGCGCCCAGUAGCCUCCGACGCCAGGAGUCGGCCUCUGGCCUCAGCCUCCGACUCCAGGAGUCGGACUCUGGCCUCAGCCUCCGACCCCAGGAGUCGGCCUUUGCUGCUGACCGACCUCAGCCGCCGGGGUCCGAACUCGGCCUCCGACCCCAGCCGUGGGUCUCAGACCUCAGCCCCCGAUCUCAGCCUUCGGCCUCUGCUUCUGAGCGACCUCAGCCGCCGGCCUCUGACCUCAGGUUCCGACAUCAGCCGCGGGUCUUUGAUCUCAGCCUCCGACCUCAGCCGGCGGCGUGGCCAGCCCGCGGACGGCGACAGCGCCGCCAGAGACCGGCAGCGCAUUAACGAGAUCGAGCACCGGCCUGAGACCGAGCCCGCCAAGCUCGCCGAGCCCGCGCCGCCGGUUACCGCCAGCCCAUUCUUUGACGGCUCGGCGCCAUCGCCGCCAUCGGCCUCGUCGGACGGCGACCGCCCGUUCAGACCGUCACGGCGCGUGAUCGAGCCCGAGUCGCCGUCGGAGGAGGCGGCGGUGUCCCCGGCACGCAGCCGCUCGCGCGCCAUAGCCGUCAUCUCGCCGCCGGUCAGCCGCAGGGAGCGGCUGCGCAAGAUCGCCGAGAGACGCGCCCGGGUGCUGGAGCGGCUGGCGGCCGCCAAGUCGUCGCGGUCGUCGGUCUCCGUUCAGCGGACGGCGCCGGCCGCCGGUCCGGAGCCGCGGCGGACAGCGGCGGCCGCCCGGCGCUCCAGCUCCCGGCUGGAGAACUUCCGUCCGUCUCCGCGGGUUGGAGAGGCCACGUUCCGUCCGACAGGCCCGCUCGGCCUGUCGCCGCCGCGCUCCACGCCGCUGCACCUCGUCAGCUAGGCGCCGGGAUUUGUCUGGGAGAGCCCGCGCGCGCUGCUGGAACGGUGCUGUCGGUCGUGAUGUGAGCGGCGGCGCGGAGCUGCGGGAUCUGGUGCUGGGGACUCGUGCGCAGCAGAAGGGCGCUGGGCGCUGCGACACCGUACUCGUAUGUGGUCGGUGCUGGUCCGCGGUUGGGCUAAGGACAUGUUAUUUACACGUAUAAGUACUAUAUUGAGAGGAUUUUUAUUUUUGUAUUUUUAUGAAUGACGUCUAGAGACGCAGUGUCUUUAUGUGAAAUGUGAACCUAGUAUUGCUUGUUUCAACAAUGAAUGUACAACGUAGAUUCAUAGAAACGUCGAAUGUUAAGGAAUCUGCAAUACAUACAUUUACAUA